AUGGGCAGAAAAACUAGAAAAAAGAGAAGUCAUCUUAGUAAUGAUCCUCUACUAAUUUUGAAAUGUUUAACAGACAAAAUUUCGUCUAAUAAGUUAAAUACUAGUGCAAAAACAGAACUUUAUAAAAUGUAUAUUUUUACAGUUUUACAACUGGCAGAUGAUAAAAUAUCAGGAUAUAUAUCUCCAUUAACAGAAGAACUUAUUAAAAGACUGGGUUUGUAUUUUAAUAAAAUGUGA